GAGCAUUUUGGACAAACCACUUGAUGAUAGACAUCGAGCUAAUCUAAUCUGGAAUUGUGGCUAAGCCGAAAUCGUUUAGGAUUUCUUUGUUGGACAGUCGAAAAGUGGCAACAGCGGCGAGAAGAUGCGAAGCUCAAGGCGCUUGUUAUGGAUUCUGACUGUGAUGCAGUUGCUCCUGGCUGCCGUUGGCCUGGAAUGCUACGUCUGCGACUCGGCCGAGGAUGCUGAGUGCGCAACACGGCCGGGCCAGCAGCUGGAGGUGGAGGAGUGCAGCCAGCCGAACGAUGAGUGUGUGACCUCCAUUACGGCGGGCCUGACGCGUCGCGGCUGCCUGCGUCGGCUUUAUCCGAAUGGCUACUGCGCCGAGCCCUGCGAUCGCUGCACUACGAGCCUCUGCAACCGGCACGUCUUUCCGGUGGAUCGGCUGCGCUGCUACCAGUGCAGCGGGGCCACCUGCAUCGAUGUGAGCACGCGGCCCGAGCUGCUGCUGCCCUGCCCGGUCUACAACGAGAAGGAUCGUUGCUACACCAACAUCUUGCACCUGAGCAACACGCAGCGCGGCUGCGAGCACACCAAUCUGCCCCCGGACUGCCCCCACGUCUGCCUCAAGUGCAACUACAACGGCUGCAAUGCGGAGCUAACGGUCAGCGAGAGCCACUGCCUGCAGUGCACGUCGAAUCGCGUGGCGAGCAAUCCGGACUGCCAGCGCGAGCAGCUGCCCGAGCAGCCGGGCCAGUGUGCACUGUCCAAUGCCACUGUGACGCAGUGCGUCAACAAGGUGAUGUAUGGCCAUCGGGAGCGCUGCUUCACGCACCAUAAUAACCAAACGGAGGUGCUGCAGCGCGGCUGCUCCACCACCAUGGGCUUCUUCCCCACCGGCCAGCUGCAGGAAUGCUAUGGCGACAAUUGCAACGCCCAAUGCCAGGACAUUGCCUGCGCCACCUGCAACUCCACCAGCGAUCCCAAUUGCCGCAGCGGUCAUGCUUUGAAGAGCCAACAGUGCGCUCCGGGCACAACGGCCUGUUACUCGUGCGAGCAAGAUACGCUGCUGCGUCGCGGCUGCGCGGAUGCUAACUUCCUGCCCGGUAGCGGCGAGGCUUGCCAGCUCUGCCGCAGCAGCGACGGCUGCAACCGCUGGUCGGUGCGCAGCUGCUAUCGGUGCAAUUCGCUGGAGCACGGCGACGACUGCGCUGCCAUGCAGCUGCCGAGCGCCAUGGCGCUGAGCAACUGCAGCAGCCCAGCCGAGCUGUGCGUGAGCACCGUCCUCAGCCGGCUCCAGUUGGUCUAUACGGUGCGUGGCUGUGCCGGCGAGGUGCCCGAAUGCACCGCUAACGAUCCCUACUGUGUGCGCUGCAAUGGCACCCUCUGCAACAGCGUGCCCACCAAGUGGCAGCAGCAGCAAAAGCAAAAGGAGGAGGAGGAGGAGCAGCAGGGGCAGGGGCAGCAGCAGCAAGCGGUGGGCGUUAUAAGGGGCGUGCAACGCCUGCUCGGGCAUCUAUGGCCCAAUCUAUGAGUAAUUAGCAACAAAUUAUUGCAAAGCAUUUGUUCUGAUGAAUAAACAAUAAGAGAGACAGAGAGAGAGAGAAAUUUCACACACAGACAUACAUAUACAUAUAUACACCCCAAACCUUAUCCCUGUGCAGCGCCCUGAAAUAAAACUGUAAUGUUGAUAAGCACGACGACCAGGCGGAUGUGGAGGGAGCGAAGAGGCGGCAUUAACGGUUGCCAACCGGCAACAGAAAAGCCCAAAACAAAAACAACAAAAAAACGCCCCUCAAAGCCAGCGCUAACGAAAAAGAGAGUGAAACAGCAAGAGAGAUGGAGCGAGAGUGAGAGUUAAUGGAGAAGAAGUACGUGUAUGAGAGACACUCAAAAAACAGGGCUGCACGAAAAUAGGGCUGGGCAAGUGCAACUGCAAACGACAUAAUAUCACGAACUAAACAAAUCCUUUUAUGCAUAUGAAUGAUCUUGUAAUGUAAUUCCAAGCAAAAUAUGACAAAUUUUCAAAAUAAAUAAAUAAAAUAUAUAAGAUGUGUA